CGACGGCAUUGUGUGUUGGGCACGCGGCGAUCCCGUGGGAGCGACGGCUGGAGGCGCGAGGGCGAGCCCCGGCGGCUCCGAUGGAUGGAUUGGUCUGGGGAGCGACGGCGGCCGCCCUGGUGGGCUAUGGCGCUCCUGCUCUGUUGCCUGCCUCCGGUCCCGACAGUGCUGUGCCAGCAAUGCCAGAUCCAGAGCUGCAACGCUCACUUCGUGGCCGCCUCCUCGCCUAGCCCUGCCCUGCCGGAAGAGGUGCAGCCAGCCGACGAUUACUGCGCCGCCCUGCGCGCCUAUGCAGCCUGCACCAAGGGCACGGCCAAGUCCUGCCGGGGGGACCUGGUUUACCACUCGGCUGUCUUCCGCAUAAAGGAGCUCUUCGGCCAGCACAACUGCUCCAGCCGGGGCCCCACCUCCUCCGUUAGCGCCCCUGCUCCCCCGGACCCUCUCGGCUCUCAGAUCUGCAACUACACCAGCCGGCCAGGCACCCGGAGCAGGUUUGCCCUCUGUGGGCUGUUUGGGGAUCCCCACCUGCGGACGUUCAAGGAUGAGUUUCAGACCUGUAAGGUGGAGGGGGCUUGGCCCCUCAUAGACAAUCGCUAUCUGUCUGUCCAGGUCACCAACGUUCCCGUGGUCCUGGGUUCCAGUGCCACCGCCACCAGCAAGAUCACCCUGAUCUUUAAGCGCUACCAGGGCUGCACGGAGCAGAAGGUCUACCAGGCGACCACCGAGGACCUGCCCUUGGCGUUCAGCGAUGGCACGCGGAAUGGCGGCGGGAGGGCGGAGGGGGCCAGCAGCCUGCGCAUCCUGGAGAAAGCCCCCACUGGCCAGGUGGAGAUCCAGGCCCGCCACAUCGGCGGCACCAUUGUCAUCCGCAGGGUCGGGCACUACCUCACCUUUGCUAUCCGGCUGCCCGAGGAGACCCUGGGUCUGGCUGGCAGCGACGGGGGUGACGGUGGCCUUCAACUGUGCCUCCAUGGCUGCCCCAAGAGCGAGCUGAUCCAGGGGCACCGGCUGAGCCUUGGGAACUCCAGCCCGGCCCCCCGGGCCUUUUCGGCAGAGAGCGCCACAGAGCGCUGCCGCCGCAUCCUGCGGGUAGAGGACGUCUACUUCCAGUCCUGUGUGUUUGACCUCCUGACCACUGGCGACCCCGACUUCUCCAUGGCUGCCUAUGGGGCCUUGGAGGACCUGAGGUCUCUGUACCCUGGGCCACUCCAGCUCCAUGCUGCCUCUGGCACCAAGGGGGCUCCUGGGGAGCCUGGUGCUGCUGUGUUGGGUACUCUGGCCUUGCUGCUGUGCUGCCUCUGGGGCUGAGCACCCCCCACUCAUCCCACCCCAGAGCCGUGAUGCCAGCCCCUGGGGAGGGCGGGAGAGCGAGGUGGGUUCCUGACUCCCUGCCCACCUUGCCGGGAGCUCUAUUUCAUGCCACCCAUCCUUUCGGUGCUUAUUGAAAUAGUGCACUCUCCCCACCCGCUCAUCCCAGUGGUGGUCUGUGGGCAUGAUGCGUGGGAGGCUUGUGGUUGGCAUUUUCUGCCAGGUUCUUUGGUCUCUGGUCUUCCUCCACCCUGAGGGCCUGCCUGACAUUCAGGCGCCCCCACCUCACCUUGCCCAGUGGUGGCAAGAAUACCACAGGCAUGGUCCCAUCUCUCGCCUAGCCCCUGCCCAGUUACUCUGGGCCUUGGGCCCUGAUCAGAGUCAGAUUCUGUACUCCCACUAUUCUCUGGGGGAGCCCUGCAGGUCAGUCAUCUCGGGGUGAGCUCACAGUGGGGAACCUGACCUCAGAGAGUCCCAAGCCUAGGACAGGACUGGCCAGUAACCAUCUUCCCAGAGGUAUGUUGACCGCCUCUUCUACAGUGGGUUACGACAGACAUCUCCUCCAGCCGGGUGGGGCCGAAAGACGUGGCGGAGCUGUGCCCGGGGACCCUCCUUGGUGGGGGCUAACGUGUGAAGAAAACAGGCCCUUCCCCCUCCCUCCUGGCCCCAGUGCAGGUCUCAGCGGGACCUAUGUUCUUGGGGUCACUUCAAAGUCCGGCCCCCGACCUCAACCAUGGACCUCUCUCCCACCGGGACUAUAAAAGCCCUUUUCCUCCAGGCUUCAGGUCCUCCUCUUUCAGGCCGAAGUCCUGCUUCUUCAGCAGGCUCCUCGAGACCUCCCAGGGAGGAAAGAGGGCCAGACAGCCAGAGCAGCAGACACGUAGCAAAAAAGAGCAGAUCCUUUAGCAAGUAAACCUUUUAUUAAAUAAACUUCAGAUUCUUUAGACCAGAGGAGUUUGGGACAUUAAGACAAUGCUGUUCUCACCUGCAACAUGUGACAGUCACAUAGGUAACUCCGGUAGAAGAAACGGAUUUUUCUGACAUGUAAUUCAAACCAGAUCGAACCUAAAAUCUUCCAAGUUUUUUUUUUUUGCUUUUUUUGUUGAAAAUUAGAUCAGUUCAAACUUCAUGAAAUUACUCGUAGCAGAAAUAAAGUACAUUGUACAAAUCA